CCUUGCUCCGCCCCAUGUGGGUCUAGGGAGGGGGGAGGGAGCCAGGCUGAGCUGAUCCCACGUGUGACGAUCGCAUUCCCGGCUCAGUAAUAUUCUCUUAGCGGGGCUUCGUGUAGCUUUUGCCGCGUCUGUGUGUGUUUGUUAGUUACUGGCUAUAGUUGGGUUAGCUAUGGAGGGAGACGGAAGCCAAGCCACAUCUGGAAGCCCGAAUGAUUCACAACACGACCCGGGUAAAAUGUUUAUCGGUGGCCUCAGCUGGCAGACCUCACCAGACAGCCUUAGAGACUAUUUCAGUAAAUUCGGGGAGAUCAGAGAAUGUAUGGUGAUGCGGGACCCCACGACCAAGCGAUCCAGGGGAUUUGGGUUCGUUACGUUUGCGGAUGCUGCCAGUGUAGAUAAAGUCUUAGCUCAGCCACACCACGAAUUAGACUCAAAGACGAUCGACCCUAAAGUUGCCUUCCCUAGACGCGCCCAGCCCAAGGUAAGAUGCAGACUUGGGUCACCUUCCCUCGCUGGUUCUAGAUGAGCGGGCCCGUUUGCGUUAGGACCUUGUGAUUUAGUUUUUAUUCUUC